AUGUAUUGGUUUAAGCUGGAUCGUAUAUCCUACACGGUUGUGAGCAAUGCUUGCUGCAUGACUAGAGCAGGUGUAUCAAGAAGCCUAGUUAUAACUUCAGGUGAAAAAUCAUUUGAAACAGCACAAGGAGAGAAAGUUACGUUGCCAUGUACUUUUGAAGCCUCAGAAGAAGAUAUAGGUCCUCUAGAUGUUGAGUGGGUGUUGAUACCAGCCGAUAAUCAAAAGGAGGAACAAAUAAUAAUUAUGUAUGAUGUAGACAGGAUUUAUGAUAAUUAUUAUCCUCCUCUGAAUGGGCGGAUGCAAUUUACUAAGUCUGAUCCGAGAUUUGGCGAUGGCUCAUUGGAUAUCCUGAAUUUAAAGGCAGCAGACACUGGCACAUACCAGUGCAGAGUGAAGAAGGCACCUGGAGUUCAAAGCCAAAAAAUACAGUUGACUGUACUUGUGAAGCCAGCAAGAACUAAAUGUUCCAUUGAAGGAUCACAGGAGAUUGGAAAAGACGUUACCUUGAAAUGUACAUCACAAGAAGGAUCCCCACUUUUGUCUUAUGACUGGAGGAGAGUAUCUGGCACACGGGAACUUCCUGCCACUUCCAUGCAAAAUAAAAAUACAGGAGAACUUCUCUUGAAAAAUGCCUCUAAAGAGUAUUCUGGCACAUACCAUUGUGUUGCCUCAAACAGAGUUGGCACGGAUGAAUGUUCUGUUGAGCUGAAUGUCACCCCUCCUAUAAAUACAGCUGGUAUAAUUACUGGAGCUAUUAUAGGAACUCUACUGGGUCUUUCUGUACUGGCUUUUCUUGUCUUCUGUUGCUGUAAAAAACACAGAGAGAAGAAAUAUGAGAAGGAAGUACAUCAUGAUAUCAGAGAAGAUGUUCCACCUCCAAAAAGUCGCUGUUCAACAGCCCGCAGCUACAUAGGCAGCAAUCGCUCUUCUCUGGGUUCAAUGUCUCCCUCAAAUAUGGAAGGAUAUACCAAAACUCCAUACAGCCAAGUCCCAAGUGAAGACUUUGAACGUUCUCCUGGUCAAAACCCAACCUUUGCACCUUCAAAGGUAGCUGCACCUAAUUUAAGUAGAAUGGGAGCUGUUCCUGUGAUGAUUCCAGCACAAAGCAAAGAUGGGUCCAUAGUAUAA